AUGGAGGGAGAUGUCGAUGGCGUCAUGGAGCGCCCGACCUCGGCUUCCGGAAUGCCUCCCGACGAGCUGCAACGCGAGAAGGACAAGUGGGAUGCCUGGAACUCUCAAAAGAGCUUGACGCGCACGGAAGCAAAGAGACGAUAUAUCGAGGCAUUGAUAGAGACAAUGCACAAAUACGCGACCACGCCGGACGCGAAGGAACUCGUCGCGGAACUUGAAUUUGUGUGGAAUCAGAUCAAAAACAACAGCCCGAGCUCGACUGAUUCCUCGCCGAAAGGAACGGGAUACACCACCGAGUCCCGCCGGUUCCUGCAACCGUUGAGCGGAUCGGAGGGUCCCAUGAAGAUACUCAGUCCCAUGAGCGAAGACGAUGCCGCCGAGCGAGAUUCCGAUAGGCGGUUGGGAUACAACGACGGCAUAGAAGACGACGCACUUGUACCGAGCAGUAAUUGGUCGCGCAGCGUGGAACGUGCCUUGGAGAAACUGACGGCUGAAGUUGCCGCCUUGAGGGAGCAAAUAACGACCGGCAGAGAGUGGAAGUCUAGAAAGCAGCGCAGCUUUAUGGCUUGGGUCCGGUGGUUCGUGUGGAUCGUCAUGAAACAUCUCGCCAUCGAUAUCGUCCUAUUAACCUUCAUACUACUCUGGAUGCGCAAGCGGAAAGACAGGCGGUUAGAGGACUUGGUUCGGGCAGGGUUGAAGCUGAUGAGGGAAUACGUGAGAAAAGUCUUGCCGUCCAGAUGA